AUGAUUUUAAUUCCGAUAACCCUUGUAAUAUAUUUCACUUGCUUUUUACCGACAGAUGGCGUCUGCUUUGUCGACCCCGAUUACAUAAAGAACCGGAAAGUUUUCGGUCUGAUUGUUGUGGCUUUUCGAUACGGCCGAGAGGACAUGGACGUGAUGGGCGUGUCUUUCCGAAAGGAUUUCGCUGUCAAACAGAUGCAGAUAUACCCACCUUUGGAGGAGAACAAACACCCCCUCACAAAACUUCAAGUGAAACUUUUGAAUAAGCUGGGAGAAGACGCAAUUCCUUUCCACUUUGACUUGCCAAUAAACACCCCCGACACUGUGUGCAUUCAACCAUCUGAAUAUGAUGGAGGAGCCCCAUGCGGUGUCGACUAUCAAAUCACAACUUACGUUGGACAAAAUAUGGACGACAAAAUCCACAAAAGAAAUUCCGUUUCGCUCUCCAUCCGAAAGUUGAGUUAUUUCGAACAUGCGAACGAAGAUCAACCACGACAAGAAAUCACAAAGGAAUUUAAAUUUACUUCGGGUGCCAUGAAACUGGAAUGUACAUUGGAUAAAGCCUCUGUUCAAUAUCUAUCUAUCUAUCUAUCUAUCUAUCUAUUUUAA